AUGUCCGCCGCAACACCUGCGUCAUCUGCACGCGCAGGACCAACCCUAGAUAACCAGAGUCCCGAAAACAGGCCGUCCAGCGUUUCAAAUGAAGAGGGCAGUGAUGAUGAGCUUCGUUCAUUUGGUUCAAAAAAGCUUACACACCAGUUGAACAUUUCCAAUGAUUAUGUGAAAGGCUUGAGUACUGAAGAUGCGUUUCGUCAACUUUAUCAGAACUGGAGAACUGCCAUUGCCGAGUCUUUUCCAUCGGUUGAAUCAUUCGACCCAGUGUAUCAUGAGAGUACCCAUACCACCAAAAUCAAGCUGGUUUGGCCAACCCCUGAGCCCCAGGUGGUUUUCAAACCCACUCCAAAAUAUAUGGGUUUCAUACAAUUCUCGAAGAAGUCCGGAACUCUUAUCAUUGCGAAUGCCAAUGCGAAACUACAACCAAGACAUCUCCAGUGGGGACAUGGCAAGGAUCCUCUAGUUGGGCGCUAUGGCGAGGGCCUCAAACUUGCCAUUGUGGUCAUGAUGCUUGCAGGCUACAAGAUACGCAUCGAAGCGAGCAGUCACUCUUGGAACUUCAGCUCUUGUGGGACGUCGAACUCCCAAUAUCUUUGCACCAUUAAUCCAUCGAGGAAAAAAGAAAUUUCGGCAGAUAACGACACCGAAGCCAUGCCCAAUCUAGCAAACCGCAUAUCAAAGGAUGUGGCUAUAAUCAUUGAAACAGGAAACAAGUUACAGCAAGAUGGGUUUCGCCGCUGGCUAGGUAUUGCACUUGGAAUCAGAGAAUUUUCGAAGCCGAAAAAGCUCGUCAAAACUCAACACGGUGACCUCAUUCUUGAUGUGGACUAUUCUUCCCGUAUCUACGUCAAGGGUCUGCUAUGUCAACACAAGAAAGGCUUGCUUUAUGGCUAUAACUUCCAUCAUGCAGAGAUUAGCCGGGGCCCAUCCUAUCUGGUCGAUGCUAGCCAGCAGCCCAAGCUUCUCUGUCAGUUGUGGGAAGCAGCUAUUCAGACACGAUCAGCCGAAUUGCUUCCAUUGUACAUAGAUAUGCUUCGUGACCCGCAGAGGCCUUUGGAUGUCAGGGAGGCGGACAAAUUCCUCGGCAAAUUUACAGCGCAAAAGAUAUGGAAUUACCUUUCCUCGGAAGCUAAGGACGGGUUGUUUUACUAUUCAUGCGAAGAGGCUACUAAUGAAAACUACAUCAUCAAAGACUACCUGGGGAAAGUUCCCGCUCUCAUACCCGGCGUUUUAUGGAAUGCCCUUCGAAAUGCGAGUUUGAUACGCACCCCGAGAGAGGAGCAAAUUGAACAGUUCAGGAAGGCGAAAGAAACAACUCUUCCCAACUCUGCCUUCUCGAGAACUUUGCAAAGAAUGAUCGUCGAAUCAAUUUUGAUGUUGAGUGAGAGAACCAAGGAUACCAAGAUUGUGUUUGUGAAUUACGUGGAUGAUAGCAUUCAAGCACACUUCGAUCCUGAAUCUAAUGUGCUGAAAAUACGGGACAAAUGGCUAUAUUUCCAUGCCAUCCAUGCCGAGUACCCUUGCGUGGUGUACCAAAACAAUUCAGACAGCGGAGCGGCAUCCUUCUCUUGCGACCACAUAUUUGCAUCACUCUAUGAAAUAUUGGUUAGAGAAGUGAGCUUGGACCGCACAGACCCAAGCCCCUUGAGGAAGUGGAAAAAUGGAUAUCAGGUUGCCAUGGAGAAAGCCCUCAAGAUGCCUCGCGACAUUACAGUCAAACCUGGACUGGCUGCAAAGCAGCUAGUGGUUUCCUGGACAAAUGGUAUGUCACAACAGGUGUUGAAACAGCUUGAAGGUUGUUUGAAAUACCACGUUGUUCUCCAUGAUGAGCAGUGUGCAGACAAUGCGCAUAUGGCUUUGCAUGAUGAAGUCAAUAUGGGUGAUAAUACGCUGUGCACGUGUGUUCAACAGAUUGUGACACAGAGCAAAUUUAUUGCGAUUUUUGACAACCUCGAUUCAUCCAGAGCUUACUUCCCAAUGGUUGCUUGGAACGAUAGUGAUGCAUUCUACGGUUUACCUCCAGAUCCUAUUAAGCCAAAUGAAUUACCAGCUCCCAAGGCCUCUGAACCCCCUCAAUCGCCUGAAUCUCCCUCCAAAAAUUCUACAGCCGAUGAGAAUGGCGGUAUGGAUAUCGACGAGCAAGCUGGUAAAUCCGGUGUUGAAUUUGAUGAGAAUAUCUGGAAACAGUGGGAAAAGGAGACGUUUCCUCAAGUGUUCAGUAGCUUGACUCCUUCUUAUGAGUCUGGAACCGCACAGCAAGCGCGAUUGCUCUCCAUGUAUGAGAGCCGCCGGCUCAGUUGGAGAUUCGAAAAAGACGACUAUGCCAUGGUGACCAUGAGGCUUCCAAACUCUUUGGGAAAGCAGACAGGUUUCAUCGUAUAUACGCAUGGCAUUCAUCCAGCAAUCAAGACUGACAAAGAAGAUGAUGGAACACUGCUAGCUACUCUCUAUUCUGUUUCGGGGCGGAAUCCAAUUUUUCAGCGGGGGAAAGGAGACUCUGACCAAAGGGCGUGGCCGCCUCCAAUGAAAGAUUGUGAGUUGAUGCUACACUUCAAAGAGUUCAACUCUAUGGGGAGCUGGUAUGACGCCAGUCGAAUCCCCAUUCGAUGCAUAAAUGCCGUCUAUCCUAUUGCUUCCGAGCUGCUUGAUACCCUACAGUAUACAAGAACGGAGCUUUCGCAGAGUGAAGAUCUAAGUCAGCCAGGCCUUUUUUGUCGUUUUGCGCAUCGUUGUGAUGGGCCUGACGAUACCGCCUGCUUCACCCCAAUUGCAUCCCAUCUACUUCCACGUUCGAAAAGAUGGGUCAAACCACGAUUCAAUUCGAAGGCAAGCCCUGUCAUUCUGGACUUAUCGCCUGGUUUCAUCGGUCUGGCGGAAGGCUUCCGACAAUGUGGAUAUGAAAUAUACGCAGGUAUAGGGUUCAAUCCCGCCUCUCAUCUAACCUGGAAGGCCGCACAUGGCUCUGCGAUCAUCCUGGACGGUACAUUAAACGGUGUUAUAUCGGAUAUCAAGUCAAACAGAUUGAAUCCUCUUCAACAGACCCCGCAGGGCACACCGUGCAUUGCAACCCUUUGCAUAGCCUACGGAAGAGAGCAGAUGAAAAAAGAGCUCGAAUUUCUGGAGUACCUUCGUGAUAUUCUCACGCUGCAGCUCAAACUGGACUUCCUAGUCCUCAUCUUCCCGCCCUGGGUCCUCCAUAAAGAUACAUUCGAUCGCUUAUUCCAAGGAAGCUACGACCUGCUGGCAGACAGAUAUUGUAUUCACCUUAAGAAGGUCUCACUUGCGUCCCACGGCAUCCCACGCGAUGACACGAUCAUCAUUCUUCUCGCUUCUUCAGUCUCCUCACCCGUUCAAUGGACCAGGCUUUUUGAUUCGAAGGCUGAAGUUGAAACUGAGAGCGAAUCCGCCUUUGACCGGAUCCGUGACCUCGCGUUCUGCAACCCCAGAGCAACUGACCCUACCGCGGCAGGCUCCCUCGUCUGCAAGCACCCCACGGCCAACACAAACGUCUACAACCAUCAGACAGGGAUUGCACUGCCAGGUCCCCAUGUAUUGGAUCUAGGUCCUCUAGUGAGCAUGACCGAUAUCACUCGGAUUCGUCACCCAGACCGCAAGGACGGACUCACCGUCCGCGAACUCGCCCGUAUUCAAGGCUUCAGCGACGAUUUCGUCUUCCUGGGUUCCACCCAGCAGCAAUACGAUGAUGUGACGCGGGCGUUCCCACCCUCGAUUGCGAGGAAACUUGGCCUGGUCAUAUUGGAUCUGAUUCGUGACUUUCAGACUGGUGAUUUCGAUUGUGAUCUUGGAAACGAGGAUGAGGCUAUGCGAGGUCAGAAACGGAGAAGGAUGGAUGGAAUUUAUUGA